GGGAAGUAUAGGAGGCAAAGGGCUAGGGUUGCUUGCGAUAUAUAGCGUGUCCAUGUUGCGUGGAUCUCAUUGUAGGCGAAACAGUAUUGUAGCGUUGACGCCCUCCUGCUGGAAGGAGGCUCCCGCUGGAUGGUUCCUCGUUCCAAGCUCGACCGUUCCGGAAGGUGAGGAAUUGCGUGUCGGAAAGCUUUUUGAUUUCCUGAACCAUGCAGCCCAGUAUGUGUUUUUGGGAAAGGUCAUGGCCCUCGCUGAUGAGCUGAAAUGUAUUCCUCGGGUUGAUUGGUUUUUUACGGAGCUUUAUUUCACGUUGCCCCCCACCCGUCAGGCAGAAAUCCUUGCUAGUUACAUGAACGAUGAGGAGCGACUCCGAUGCGGCCUGCGAAAUCAUUCCAAGGGUGGGACGAGUAAGUCCCCCUUUAAGUGGAGCCCAGAGCUCGAAAAGCGCGUCGACGAGCGCGCCAAAGGGGACUUCUGUUGGCUCCUCACAGAAGACCAGCACAAGACACAGAAGUUCCUGCAGGAAACCUACAUACAGUGGCACCAUCGCGCAGACUAUCUUGUUUCUCGCAUGAGCCGUGAGAAGAAGGAGUUCCGGCCGGACCUUACACUUCAACAGGUCAUUCAGCAGGGCCAGGAACGGAAACGUCGCAUGCAGCGACGCCGCAUGGCAGCCGAGACUAAGCAGGAAAAUAUUCGCACCGGCAAAGAGAGUGAGUGGGAUAAUUUCACCUUUGAUGUGCUCCCACGAGAAUUGCGCGAGGCGCUGGAUCGUGAGAGUGAUGGGAUGGAGGAUGUCCGCCUAUCACGUGCUGGUUCGGCCACAGGUGGGUGGAGUAGGAGUUUCCGGUCAAAUCCCAACAUUCGCUAG